AUGACCAAGGGGCUUCUGAUGUUUCUGCUUCACCAUAGAAGACUGUCGACAUGCACAUCUGCAGGCUCACCUCACCGCAGAAUACUGUCGACAUGCACAUCUGCAGGCUCACCUCACCGCAGAAUACUGUCGACAUGCACAUCUGCAGGCUCACCUCACCGCAGAAGACUGUCGACAUGCACAUCUGCAGGCUCACCUCACCGCAGAAGACUGUCGACAUGCACAUCUGCAGGCUCACCUCACCGCAGAAGACUGUCGACAUGCACAUCUGCAGGCUCACCUCACCGCAGAAGACUGUCGACAUGCACAUCUGCAGGCUCACCUCACCGCAGAAGACUGUCGACAUGCACAUCUGCAGGCUCACCUCACUGCAGAAGACUGUCGACAUGCACAUCUGCAGGCUCACCUCACCGCAGAAGACUGUCGACAUGCACAUCUGCAGGCUCACCUCACCGCAGAAGACUGUCGACAUGCACAUCUGCAGGCUCACCUCACCGCAGAAGACUGUCGACAUGCACAUCUGCAGGCUCACCUCACCGCAGAAGACUGUCGACAUGCACAUCUGCAGGCUCACCUCACCGCAGAAGACUGUCGACAUGCACAUCUGCAGGCUCACCUCACCGCAGAAGACUGUCGACAUGCACAUCUGCAGGCUCACCUCACCGCAGAAGACUGUCGACAUGCACAUCUGCAGGCUCACCUCACCGCAGAAGACUGUCGACAUGCACAUCUGCAGGCUCACCUCACCGCAGAAGACUGUCGACAUGCACAUCUGCAGGCUCACUUCACUGCAGAAUACUGUCGACAUGCACAUCUGCAGGCUCACUUCACAGGAGAAUACUGCUGACAUGCACAUCUGCAGGCUCACUUCCCCACGAGAGUUCCUUGAAGACCAGUAUUUUGGGUAGAAAAAAAAAGAAAGAUUUUGCAAUGUACCUCUAAUCUAGAGGCGUAUUAGAAUGUGAUCUUUCCUUUCUACUACUGUUUUCCUUUCCCCAUCUCCCCAGU